ACCAACCAGAGAGGAGCUCAUUCGCCACAUCACAGCAACUCUGACCAACCACAGACAGGCCGUUUCAGACGUCAGCGCCACUUCUUCCGCCCGUUAAGAAACAGGCGCUUAAGUGAUCGGACGGCGCCUGGUCAGAAAGUCAGAGCAGCAGUGGACAGACCAUGCUGUGUGUUGUGCUGUGUGUGUUUCUGCUCGCUUGUCUGGGUCAAACCGGACCAACCCGCACCAGCAUCGCUGUCCAUCGACGCUCCGAUGAACCACAGUGGAACCAGGACCCUGAAGUGAACAUGAACAUUACAGAAAUCAUCCGGCGGUGGGGUUACCCUGCAGAAGAACACGAGGUGGUGACGGAGGACGGGUACAUCCUGACCGUGAACCGGAUACCACAGGGACUCAAACCUUCCACAGGUCAGAGGCCCGUGGUCUUCCUACAACAUGGCCUCCUGGCUGCUGGUAGCAACUGGAUCACCAACCCGCCCAGCACCAGUCUGGGCUACGUGCUGGCUGAUGCUGGGUACGACGUGUGGAUAGGAAACAGUAGAGGGAACACCUGGUCCAGGAAACACCGGACCCUCCAACCCGACCAGGAUGAGUUCUGGCAGUUCAGUUAUGAUGAACUGGCUCUGAAGGAUCUUCCAGCUGUUGUGAACUUCAUCCUGAAGGAGUCGGGCCAGGAACAGAUCUACUACAUUGGACACUCCCAGGGAACCACCAUAGCAUUUAUAGCGUUCUCUACGCUACCAGAACUGGCUGCUAAGAUCAAGUUGUUUUUUGGUCUGGCUCCGGUAGCGACUGUCGCCUUCGCUAGCAGCCCUAUGGCCAAACUGUCGGUUCUGCCGGACUUCCUCCUCUGGAAGCUGUUUGGAAAGCGGGACUUUCUGCCUCAGAGCGACAUGAUUAAGUGGUUUGCAGAACACGUAUGUGCGAAGCAUCCGCUCAGCGAGUUGUGUGGAAACAUCUUCUUCAUCCUCUGUGGCUUUGAUGAGAAAAACCUCAACAUGACUCGUACCCCGGUCUACACCACACACUGUCCUGCUGGGACCUCAGUCCAGAACAUACUCCACUGGGCCCAGGCUGUUCAUACAGGGAAACUAAUGGCGUUUGACUUUGGACCUGAAGGAAACAUGAGGCACUACAACCAGACCAGUCCCCCUCGGUACCACGUUCAGGACAUGAAGGUUCCCACGGCUCUGUUUUCUGGGGGACAGGAUACGCUGGCGGACCCCAAAGAUGUAGCGAUCCUCCUUACUCAGGUUCCGAACCUGGUAUUCCAUCAGCACAUCAGCCACUGGGAACAUCUGGACUUUAUCUGGGGUCUGGACGCUCCGGUGCAGAUGUUUCCAUCCAUCCUGAAGCUGCUGCAGAAACAUCGUUAGUCAGGUUCUCCUGGAUUCUGUUUUGCCCAAGUACUGUUCUGCUGGAUGCCUGCACUUUACUCCAGUGUUCUGAUCCUUUUAUUGCUUAACCUCAAUAAAAAUAGUUUAUUCACAAA